CGGGAACUAAUGACAAACAGUGGUAUAGUUCAGACCAUUGCAAAUCAGAUAAAUGCAAAUGGAAACAAAACUGACGGUUCAAACAAUACAGCCCUACAGUGUAUACGAGAAACUGCUACGGUUGUUGGAAUGAGAUGGUACCAGCCAUGACUGGCCAACUAUAGACCAUAUCUUUAUCCUAAACCAGACCAUGGAGAAGACUUGUGAAAUAAUUUGGACCUUCACCACCUCUUCUAAGACUUCUUCUAAACUUACCAAGGCUCAUAAGAGGCCAGCUAUAACUGACUUGGUGAGAAGUCAAUGUCAUGUAUACCAUGUGAAGGGCUCGGACAUGUUGAAGGGAUUACCAGAUAGAUAUCCACUUGGCCAAGGCCAAGCAAGUGAAGCGUGUCUGGUGGAAGGCAAGGUUGGAGAUGGACCUUGGAAAAUGGAGAAACCAUACGCAGGGCAGAAAAGAAUAUAAAUCAACUAUAGAGAAGACCCAGGUUCUCAAAACACUGUAGAGUAA